ACACUACAUUUUAUAGUCACGGACUCCAAGUGACCAUUUUUUUUUUAUAAUUUGUCAAAAUUAAUUGUUAAUACGUAUUUAAAUACACUAAUAACACAUUACACACCAACAAAACAAGGCUUUAAACUGGCGGAGAAAAAAGUGCAAAUGGCUUUAUGCCAAACGUCAGUGUUGAAGGUCUAUCAUGCCGUGAUAGAAGAUGUCAUCUCGAAUGUGCGUGAUGCAUUCCUGGAUGAGGGCGUCGAUGAGCAAGUGCUGCAGGAAAUGAAACAGAUUUGGCGUAACAAACUAAUGGCAAGUAAGGCUGUUGAGUUGAAUCAGGAGCAAAGCGACAGCGGACCCCAUCCACCGCCAAUCGUGGCCAAUAAUCCAAAGAGCAACAAGGCCGCCAAUGCCAAGGCCAAAAAGGCUGCCGCAGCUGCAGCCACAUCCCAACAGAAUAGCGCUAGCGGCACUAGCAGUAGCAUCGGCGGUGGAAUAUCCACAAUUAAUCAUACAGAUAGCAAAUUGGUAGCCAAAUCACCAGCCCCUUCUAACAUGGGCAAUGGGCCGAAAAAUGGUUUAGUUGCCAUCAAACAGGAAGUAACAUCACAGAAUCCGCCACCAUUACAUCCGACUGCGGGUGCACUACUACAACAAAAGCAACAACAGCAGCAGCAGCAGCAACAACAACAACAACAACAGCAGGCAGCUAGCUCUGGGGGGCAGGGGCCCAUACCAAUUGUUGCCUCGCUGGAUCCCAAUCGGAUUAUGCCCGUAAAUAUUACGUUACCUUCGCCACCUGGAUCCGCAACCGCGGAAUCUCGUGUGCUAACCAUACAAGUGCCAGCAUCUGCAUUGCAGGAGAAUCAAUUGACCCAAAUACUGACAGCACAUCUAAUUUCAUCCAUUAUGACAUUGCCCACCACCCUAGCAUCGUCUGUGCUCCAGCAACAUGUUAAUGCCGCCCUCAGUAAUGCCAAUCAUCAGAAGAGUCUGGCUGCCGCCAAACAGUUGGAUGGCGCCUUGGAUUCAUCGGACGAGGAUGAAAGCGAGGAGAGCGAUGAUAACAUCGAUAACGAUGAUGACGAUGAUCUGGAUAAAGACGAUGAUGAGGAUGUCGAGCAUGAAGACGCUGCCGAAGAGGAACCAUUAAAUAGUGAAGACGAUGUUACCGAUGAGGAUUCAGCUGAGAUGUUUGAAACAGAAAAUGUGAUUGUUUGUCAGUACGAUAAGAUCACUCGCUCACGCAACAAAUGGAAAUUCUAUCUCAAAGACGGCAUUAUGAAUAUGCGUGGCAAGGAUUAUGUAUUCCAAAAAUCAAACGGCGAUGCCGAAUGGUAAACAUUAUUCGCCCGCUAUCGUUUGACAAGAUAUACAUAAAAAAAGACAUAUAAACAAAGGAGCCUCAUCUAAGAAAAAAAGUAUCCCUAUCUUGUAGAAAGCAACAAAAUCCAUAGAGCGCGACCAAAACAAAGCAGAUCACAGAAUUCUGGCAAUGUAUCUUAUUUUCAGUUUACAACUGAUGUUAAAAUUUAGCUCAAAACCACACACACACACAUACAGAUAUAUAAGAUUUGCGUUUCAUUUUAAUCGAUAUCUCUAUUAUGUGUAUAUUGUAUUUAUAUAUAAAAAUAGUGCCGCAAAAUUUUUUGUCAAUAAAUUGAAAUAUUUGUCAAGAUUA